AGGAUGCAGGACUUCCUGGCUUCCAGAGUAAACUGCACACAUGCUGUGGAGCACAGUCUCGGCCACCACUCAGCUGCAGAGAUGAGUGACCACAGAGUAACCUAUGCAGAACUGAAUCGGGUUAAGGAUGGAAAGAGACAGCACAUGAAACCUAAGGGCACUAAAGGCUCCAUUCCAGGAACUGAGCAGGAACUAACCUAUGCAGAAUUAAGUCUUCAAAAUGCUUCUCAGGACCUUCGAGGGAGUGACAAGAAUGACCACUGCAGAGCAUCCCUAUCACUUCCAGAGAAGGUCAUUGCUGGGAUCUUAGGGGUCAUCUUCCUUGUCCUAAUGACCACUGUGGUAACCACAGCUGUUAUUCUCUCAUAUCACUGUCUUCAAUGUCCACCAGAGUGGCUUAUAUAUUCCAACAACUGCUAUUACAUCAGCAUUGGAAAAAAAACAUGGAAUGAGAGUUUGCUGGCCUGUGCUUCUAAGAACUCUAACCUGCUCUAUAUAGAUAAUGAAGAAGAAAUGGUAAGAUGUUUAAUGUUUCCAACAUUUUAUUUAAAAGAGUAUUUUAUUUUAUAUUUCUAUAGAAUUCAUUCAUAUUUUUGUAUAUAUCUGUAAUUUAUUGUAAAGAUUGUUAGUAUU